CCAGUGGAUAAAAUAGUAAAGAAAAAUCCCUCGUGUUUACAUUUUGCAUGGGGAUCACGCGAAAAGUGUUUUCUCUUCAAUAUUUAGUAUUUUCUUUAAAUAUUUUAGUGAAAAUUAGAAAAUCAGAUCUAGUAAUUGAGUGUGUUUUGGUAAAAUAUCAAAAUUGGUGGAUACAUAAGUGGUUUAACAGUUAAAAGUGUUUUUAAAGGGGCAUAACCUCAAAAGUUUUUGUCCCGGAUCCGUAGAAAAUUCCAGGAUAUCAUGGAAAUAGAAAAGAAUUUGCCUCAAACUCUGCAAGUCCGGCUUGUGUCAGAUACCGGGGAGGAAGCUGGACCUCCACUAGACCUUCCAACAGUCACAACAACAACCCAACUUGGUCUCAUUUGCAAUGCCCUGCUGAAAAAUGAAGAACCAACUCCGUUUCUAUUCUUCGUCAAUGAAGAAGAGAUCAAGGAGAGCCUGGAAAAGACCAUAAAUCUCAAGAAAACAGAUACAGAGAAUGUUGUGGAUAUUGUCUAUCAGCCUCAAGCAGUUUUUCGGGUGCGUCCGGUGACAAGAUGUACAAGUUCAAUGCCCGGACACGCAGAAGCUGUCGUUUCCCUGAGUUUCAGUCCGGAUGGGCAGCAUUUGGCCAGUGGAUCAGGUGAUAGGACUCUUAGAUUGUGGGAUCUGAACACAGAAACCCCUCACUACACUUGCUCUGGCCAUACACAGCCUGUUCUGUGUAUAGCUUGGGCUCCGGAUAGCUCAAAGAUUGCCAGUUCGUGUCAAGCUGGAGCAAUAAGGGUUUGGUGUCCAGACACCGGAAAGCAACUGGGACGUCCACUGGUGGGUCAUAAGAAAUAUAUCAAGUGCUUGAGCUGGGAACCAUACCAUGAGAAUGCAGAAUGCAGGAGGAUUGCCAGUGCUGGAGCUGACAAUGACGUUAGGAUUUGGGAUGUGAUGCUGGGGCAGUGCCAAAUGGUCAUAGCAGGACAUACGCAGGCUGUGACAAAUGUCCGUUGGGGAGGCAUUGGUCUGAUUUACACAGCGUCUCAGGACAGAACGAUAAAAGUCUGGAAAGCAAGCACAGGAUCUCUCUGCCGGACUCUAACUGGCCAUGGGCACUGGGUCAAUUGCCUGGCUCUCAGCACAGAUUACGUCAUAAGAACAGGACCUUUCCAUCCGGUCACGGACAAAGGAAAAAUCUACAAGAGAGAUUCAGCCAGCAAGGAGGAAAUGAAGGAAUCAGCUCUUGCAAGAUUCAAGGCUGUUUGUCCUGAUGGAAUUGAAUCCUUUGUCUCCUGCUCAGACGACAGGACACUAUACCUGUGGCAGUCCAAUCGCACCAAGUGCAUCACGCGGAUGACAGGGCAUCAAAAUGUGGUGAAUGAAGUUAAAUAUUCUCCGGAUGUUAAGAUGAUCGCUUCAGCUUCCUUUGACAAAUCCGUGAGGCUCUGGAGGGCUCACGAUGGGGCUUUUAUUUGUGCUUUCAGGGGCCAUGUGCAGGCAGUUUAUCAAGUGGCCUGGUCAGCAGAUUCCAGGCUUUUGGUCAGUGGCAGUAAGGAUUCAACUAUCAAAGUGUGGAGUGUGCAGACGAAAAAACUUGCCCAGGAUCUUCCUGGGCAUGCUGAUGAAGUCUUUGCUGUCGAUUGGGCUCCUGAUGGUUCCAGAGUGGCUUCCGGAGGGAAGGAUAAAGUCGUCAAGAUGUGGGCUUACUAAGCUCAAGGGCAGUUUAUCUUUUCUUUUUUUUUUUGAAUAAAAAUAAUUUCAGAAA